AAAUAUUCACAAUAUUUUAAAAAUGUGAAAAGGAUUGCGUGGUACAUAUACUACACAUUCUAAUGAAACACAAUAAGUAAACAAAAUCUACAAACAUUAAACCCCACAAAUGUGUACAAACGGUCUGGAAGAUUACAUAGAUGAAUUGGUUGAAUGCUUCGAGGAUUUCAUUAGGAAGUCACUGCUUAUGAUCUCAGUAACACUGGGCACUAUAGUUCUGAUGGUCAUGUAUGUCCUCAAACUUCUGUCCGAUAGACCCAGUGCUGCCCUGACUUCAAGAGACUAUGACGACGAAUACGAUGAUGUGACAAAUCGUCAUCGUUCCUCUGUCGUCGAGUUUCAAUCCGAAGAUGCAGCAUUCAAUCGAUUGGCCAAACCAACAAAAUUAUACAAAGAUAAGGAAGUUAACACUACAGAGUCUUACUCGACACUACUAAUAGACCAAAGUUCAACUAACUCUGAUCAAACUCGAGCAGAAGCGGACAGUAGCUUCUUAAAUGACAGUGUUAAUGACAGUGUUUAUGGCAGCGGUUAUGGAAGCAAAAAAGGCUCUAGGCCUGGCGACUUAAACAACGACGGUAACAGUAACAGUAAUGAUCCAGACAAGAGGGAUGCCAGGAAUAAUGCCAGGAAUAAUGCUAGGAAUAAUGCCAUUAAUAAUGCCAGGAAUAAUGCUAUGAAUGACGACAAGACGGGUAACAGGAAUAACUUAAAGAAUAAUAACAACGUUACGUCAAUAUCUGAUCAACUAGAGUGCGAUCCAAGUUGUGCAGAUAAGAUCAUUGGAGAAGAUGGAUCAUCAAGCUGCUCGCAGCCCUGUCAUAGGGAUUACAAACUUGCUCGCUCAAAGAACCUUCCACCUCCAGGAUGCAUAUCGAAACAUCAUCUUUCAAAUUCGCGGCCCUGCAAAAGGUAUAUAGCAAUCCGUUCGUCGUGCUGUUCCAUGUGCUGUGUGGACGACGACAGGCGGUGAUACACAAACAAACAAAAAACUGUCCGAGGACAUCAUAGAACAGUAUAAAACGAACAGAAUGUAUCAACGCUCGUACACAUAAACACGUUAUGACGUAACGCGACACGUCAGGGUACCAUGACGUGGAAAUGUGUCUUGAGAUGGAUUUCCACAUCUGAGGGCCUACCGCCGCCUCUUAAACUAAUUAUAUUGCAGCUGUGAAAGUGUGACAGCACUACAAAUUGUAAAGCGGUGUCUCUCUUCCGCAACUGCAAUACUAUUACUUUUAAAGAUGGCGGUAGGCCCUCAUGGUACCGUAACGUGACACGUAACGUGACCGUAACUGUUGGUAUGUACGAACUCUAUGAAACUUUUGUAUUGAUUCCAUCUCUAAAAUUAUUGUAAAAAAACGAUAUCUCUGUUAUAAUGUGGGUGUUUGUAAAUUAUGUUAUGUGGUUUGGGAACAAACACGCGCAUAGGAUGUUAUAAGUUAGGUUUUACUAUAUUGUAGUGUAUUAACAGUAAUUUAUUUAGUAGAAAAAUUGUUUACAAUGUCUUUAAUAGUGAUUGUCUAAAUAAAAAAUAAUUUUAAAGA